AUGGUCACUUAUGGCGAUUUCUAUUUUCCAUCUUUAAUUGCAGGAAUAACGGAGCAUUUUGGUAUCAAUGUAGUUGACUGUGAUAUGAUUAUGGGCUCUCUGGAACACGCUUUAUCAAGUACGGGUGGUUUUUGUGCUGGAAGAUCAUUUGUUAUUCAUCAUCAACGUCUGUGCGGAUUGGGUUACUGUUUCUCAGCAUCAUUACCCCCUUUGCUAGCAGUCGCUGCAAGUAAAGGUUUAGAAAUUAUAAAAAAUGAUCAAGAACGUCUUACUCGUCUUCAUGAAAAUAGUAAGAUGACUAAUCUUGGGUUGCAAGAAGCUCUUAAACAUACAGGCUUCAAGGUCAGUGGUGAUUUAUUGAGUCCUUUGCAACAUAUUUUUUAUGAUGGAAAUGCUGCAGAAGAAACGUUAGACAAUCUCGUGGAAAAGAUGCGACGGAAAGGUUAUUUACUAGCUCGAGCGCGAUAUCUCAGUGAGGAAUUCUUUGCAUCCAAACCAAGUAUACGAAUUUCCGUACAAUCAGAAAUGACAACUGAUGAGUUAUAUGCGUUUCUCACAAUGUUGAAAAAAGAAGCGCGAAAAGUUGAUAAAAAAGCCAGCUUAUGA